AUGUCAGUAACGAAAGAGACUCGACCAGAGAUUGAAGCAUCUCCCGUUAAUGAUGACGAAGAAAGAAGAGUUGUCAAACUAACAGAAAAAGGAAAAUCCUUUAAACUUCAGUGUCUAUUCAACGACUUGGUAAAAAAGUUUGAAAAUGUUCACGAACAAUGCGUCCCACUCUUUACUGAUGAAGAGAGGCGCGAUGAUCAAAAUUGGUACGACGACAAAGACGAAAAAAUAUUUGAUUUCAAACAUCGUGCCAUCAACCAAAUUAGAGAGUUGAAAGAAAAGCAAGAAUGUGAAAGUCUGAAAUCGCACGAUAGCCGAAAGGAUAGAGCGUCUAGCAAGUCCCACACAAAGGCGUCAUCCGAAUCGUUUCAAGAAGGAUUUAAUAAGAAAGUGGAGAAAACCGAACGUAUGAGUGAAGGAGAUUUCAGAAAUGAAAGACAAAGAUUUGCUCUGGAAUUGGAAGAGUUAAAAAACUUAGAGGAGGUGUCUCAACUCAAAGCACGUUUGGGUGUCCUGGACCGAAAUCUGAAGCGCGUGCAAAAAUGUCAACGCAGCCAACCAGAUGUAGAGCGGUAUCAACGCAGGAUAGAUGAAGGUAUGAAUUCGAGAGUUGAUGAUGAAAGUAGUAUCUUGUUUAAGUUGUUGAAACUACAAUCUGCACCAGAAGUUGACAUUGAGCCAUUUAAUGGAGACCCACUAAAUUUUAAUUAUUUUAUGGCUAUGUUUAAGGAGGUUGUAGAAUCAAAGGUAGAUGAUCCCAGAGGCAGGUUAACCAGACUUAUAAAGUUUACAAUAGGUGAACCUAGAGAACUUAUUCGACAUUGCAUACAGCACCCCCCUGAGGUUGGUUAUGAAAACGCUAUUGAACUUCUGACAAAAAGGUAUGGGAAUCCCCAUAUUAUUCUAGCUAAUUACAGAAAGGAAAUAAGAGAUUGGCUUCAGUUAAAGUUCAACGACGCAAAAGGGUUCAGAGAUUUUUUCAGUUUCUUAAUAAAGUGCCAGAGCAUUUUGCCAGGUUCUUUGACGGAUCGUUGGAACCGCAAGGUUAUGAUAAAACGUCAUAAGCACCUUUCAGAACCUAGUUUAGAGGAUUUCAUUGACUUUAUUGAGCAGGAGUCUACCUUGAUAAAUGAUCCGCUAUUUUCAAGGAACGCACUUAAGCAGUUUACUAACACGAAGGAAAAGUUACCUGAUAAGAGGAAAUCUUACAAAAGCUUUGCUAUGAAUACCAACUAUAGAUCGUCAAAUGACAUUAAAAGGCUGUGCCCUGCUUGUUCUGCUAAGCAUGAUUUAGAUGACUGUAAACUGUUUCUGAGUUAUACCAUAGAGGACAGAAGCAAAUUUCUUGGACGAAAAAGAUUAUGCUAUGGCUGUUACGAUCCAAUAACCGACGAACACAACGCAAAAUCCUGUCCACAUCGACGCAAAUGUACCAUUUGUAAAGGAAACCAUCCUACUGGUUUGCAUGGCUUUAGAUUUAGGAAAAGAAGUGACUCCAAGGAUAAGGAAGAAAACAAAGAAAGCACCGAAGAGAAGGAAUCUGUUAAGAGCAAUGUCACUGGAUUGUCAAAAUCAUGCAAUUCUUUAAACGUUGGUGAAGUUAUCAGUCUUUGCAUAGUGCCAGUAAAGGUAUCACAUAAAUCUACUGCCAUUAAAACAAUUAACGGAACAGAAACUGUUAAAUCUGAGGCAAUAGAAGAUUUGAUAAUUGAAGGCAUUAGCACACAAUUUGAAAAUAUCCCGUUCAUGUUACCCAAGGCAUACACAAGAAGAGAACUGCCCGUAGAUAAAGAUGAUAUAGCAACUACCGAUAAGUUAUCUCAAUGGAAAUACUUGGAACCGGUUUAUCCACACUUUAGAAUCCAGAAGUUUGAUGUUGACUUGUUGAUUGGCGCAAAUUGUGCAAAGGCACUUGAACCAGUGGAUGUGCUGCCCAGUCAAGAGGGUGGCCCAUAUGCAUACCGAACCAUACUUGGAUGGUGCAUUGUAGGACCAAUCAAGUCAGAAGGUAAAAAUAAUUAUUCUAUCAAAUCUUGUCAUAAAAUUGCUGUGAACGACAUAGGAAACAACGGAAUUGCUAAGCAUCAUUUUGAAUCAAAAAGUAGUGUGAAAGAAACUCAUAUUAGUAACAUGCUUGAAAAGUUGUACCUUUCAGAUUUUACGGAGGCAAGAUUGUCGCCUCGCAGCAACAUAGAAUUUAAUCUAGAAGAAAUGUCAAUAGAAGAUAAAACAUUUCUAACCAUAAUGGAGUCAAAAGCAGGCAAGGUUGGAAGUCAUUAUGAACUGCCUUUGCCAUUCCGAAACAAAGACUUGUUGAUGCCUGACAACAGAAACGUUGUGCUGAGAAGACUGAUGCAUUUAAAGGAAAGAUUUAUACGAAAUCCGAAAUUCCUAGCUGAAUACCAAAGGUUCAUGAAGAACAUCAUAGAUAAAGGCUAUGCAAGAAAAGCCGUGCUACCUGCAUCUCCUGAGAAGUCUUGGUAUAUCCCCCAUCAUGCAGUUUAUAAUGAAAAGAAGAAUAAGAUCAGAGUAGUCUUCGAUUGUGGAGCAGAAUACCAUGGUAGAUCAUUAAACAAGGAAUUGAUCCCUGGACCAGACUUUACCAACCAUCUUAUAGGUGUGCUUAACAGAUUUAGAGAAGGAACCAUAGCAGUCAUGGCUGACAUCGAAUCUAUGUACUUCCAGGUGUUUGUAACGGAACACCAAAGAUCGUUUCAGAGAAUUCUUUGGUGGGACAAAAGCGAUAAAGAAAUGACCAAACCGGUCGAAUACGAAAUGAAUGUCCACAUCUUUGGAGCGACUUCGUCUGCGAGUUGUAGCAAUUAUGCCUUGAAGAAAACUGCCUUAGAUAAUCAAGGCAAAUUUAGAACUGAUGCAGCGGAAACGUUAUUGAAGAAUUUUUAUGUCGAUGACAUGCUGAAGUCAAAAGAUAAUCUUGGUGAGACCAUUUCGUUAAUGAAAAACGUCACUUCUAUGUGUAAGGCGGGAGGUUUUAGGUUAACAAAAUUUGUCAGCAAUAAUAAAGAAGUGUUAUUGUCUAUACCUGAAGAUGAUCGGAAAACGGGGUUUACUGAUUGUGAAUUAUUGUCUGGAGAUACGGAUCUGCCGUCCGAUAGUACGUUAGGUAUCACAUGGGAUAUCGAAAUGGAUUGCUUCAAAUUUAAGAUCGAACUGAAAAAGACGCCCUACAGCAGAAGAGGUAUGCUUUCUAUGUUGAGCACGUUGUACGAUCCUUUGGGAUUUAUAGCUCCAUUUCUAGUCAGAGGAAAAAUAAUCCUUCAAGAACUGUGCAGCAUGAGCCUAAAUUGGGAUGACCCAGUUCCUGAAGACAAUUGUAAUGACUGGAACAGAUGGAAAGACUGUAUCCAGCCUCUUGAAGGAUUUAGAAUACCGCGAUGCUUCAAGCCCAAAAAAUUUGGUAAGAUUGUUCAUUCCUCGAUCCACUACUUUUCUGAUGCAUCAGAGUUUGCAUAUGGCCAAGCUACGUACCUAAGAAUAGUAAAUGAAAGUGGCAGAGUACAUGUUUGCUUGGUUAUGGGUAAGGCAAGAGUCGCUCCUUUGAAAUUCGUAUCUAUGCCUCGAUUAGAAUUAACAGCAGCUACUUUGUCUGUUAAGAUAGCUUCUUUGUUGAGACAAGAAUUGCGACUACUAUGUAUUAAUGAAUAUUUUUGGACUGAUAGUCAAGUCGUCUUAGGAUAUCUAAAGAAUCAAACGAAAAGAUUCAAAGUUUUUGUGGCUAUUAGGAUCGAGAUUAUCAGAAGCAACAGCAAAAUCGACGAUUGGAAUUAUGUACCGUCGAACGAAAAUCCGGCCGACAUAGCGUCAAGAGGAUCAGAUGCUUCCAAAGACAAACAAGUUAAAAUGUGGUUUAGAGGACCAGAGUUCUUGUGGAAUGAUCAGUCUAGUUGGAAACUAUCCAAACACGCCGCAGAAGUAGACGAAAACGACCCGGAGGUUAAGAAAGUGAAAGUAAACGCUUGCCUAGUCACAAAUGAUCUGAUGAGCACGCUUGAAGAACGCAUGUCUUGCUGGAAGAAAAUAAAGCGUGUAAUGGCGUGGAUCCUUCUGUUUGCAGAUAGAAUCAAAACGAUAAAACCCGGCGAUGCAUCCACGAAAGGUAUCAUCGACGUAGAACGAUUGAAAUGCGCUGAAAGAAAAAUCAUGCAACUGACUCAAGAAAAGUAUUUCGAAACGGAAUUGCGAAAUUUGUUGUCUGGGAAAAUCAAUGUUAAAAACAAAUUGUCGAAACUUAAUCCCUUUGUUGAUUCACAAGGCCUGUUAAGAGUAGGAGGAAGAAUCGAACGAUCUGGGCUAGAUAAAGAACAUGUGCAUCCUAUCAUCAUGCCGAAAGAGAGCCAGACAUCCAUGUUGAUUAUUCGAUAUUGCCAUCAGAACGUCGCACAUGCGGGCAGAGAAAUAACCAUCAACAAAGUACGAAGUUAUGGGAUUUGGAUCGUGAAUAUAAAUGCUUUAACACGAAAGGUCAUUCAUAAGUGCACCAUAUGUAGGAGUUUAAGAGGACGUGCUGGAGAGCAAAAGAUGGCCGAUUUGCCAAAAGAAAGGUUCAACGAAGCACCACCAUUCAGUUAUUGCGGAUUAGAUUGUUUUGGUCCAUUCUUGAUCAAGGUAAGGAGAAGCGAGAUGAAAAGGUAUGGUGUAUUGUUUACAUGUUUGUCUAGCAGAGCUGUACACAUUGAAAUCGCAAGCAGUUUAGAAACUGAUACGUUUAUUUUGGCCCUUCGUCGCUUUGUUGGCAGAAGAGGAAACGUAAGGUAUCUAAGAUCUGAUAAUGGGAGUAACUUCGUUGGAAGUGAUAAUGAAUUAAAACGAGCUUUUUUAGAAAUGGAUCAUGAAAAAAUCAAGUUUUUUCUAAACGAGUUAAACACUGAUUGGAUAUGGAACUUCAAUCCACCAGCAGCCAGUCACAUGGGAGGAGUCUGGGAGAGGCAGAUAAGAUCAGCCAGACAAAUUCUAACCUCAUUGCUAAAGACCCACGGUUCAAGUUUAGAUGAUGAAUCAUUAAACACCCUCCUCAUUGAAACGGAAGCCAUAUUAAACUCAAGACCCCUAACAGUCGAUACCCUCAGUGACGCGAAUAGCUUCAUACCAAUAUCUCCAUCAAAUAUCUUGACAAUGAAGUCAGAUGUCGUGUUGCCACCACCGGGAGAAUUUCCGAAACCUGAUGUUUAUUCGAGGAAAAGAUGGCGUAGAGUUCAACACAUAGCAAAUGAAUUCUGGAUUAGAUGGAGAAAGGAAUUUUUUUCAACCCUUCAGGAACGUCGACGUUGGAACACGAUUAAACGUAAUUUUGAGGUUGGAGACAUCGUCAUAUUAAAAGACUCAACCAUGUUUACGGUUCGAAAUCGAUGGCCGUUAGCAAGAAUUGUGAGCGUCGUGUCAGAUAAGCAUGGAAUAGUGAGAAUUGUGAACAUUCGAAUGAGCGGAUCUCGAGUCGUAAUGCAACGGCCGAUAUCAAAGAGUUCGCUCUGCGGUGGAGUACGAGAUGCAUUAUAUUCGUUAGUUUUGUGUUGUGAUGUCCCGUGUUAA